GAUUAUUGUUCUUCUUCUCAAACACGUCCCCUUUCUUCGUGUUUUAUUUUCCCUUUCCCCCAUUAAUCACAGGCGAAGAGUACGAUCCCUUCUCCCUGAAAGCUGCAUCGACUUCGCGUACGAGUUUAUUUCCCCUUUGGAAUCUGAUAGAUUGAAGACAGUGUAAUAAGAAUUGUAUUUGGUCCGAGGGCUAGUCAGAAGUUGGUUAGGUAUUCGAAUUGAUCCCGGUUGCUAGCUUAGCUUAAGAGUUAGACAUAUCGGUAUUAGAGAAAUGCCUGCUCAGAAGAUUGAAAGUGGUCACCAGGAUACCAUCCAUGAUGUUGCGAUGGAUUAUUAUGGCAAGCGCCUUGCAACAGCUUCAUCUGACCAGACCAUUAAGAUAAUUGGAGUCAGCAAUUCGGCUUCUCAGCAUCUAGCCACGCUUACUGGUCACCAAGGACCAGUUUGGCAGGCUGCUUGGGCACACCCGAAAUUCGGUUCUUUGCUGGCUUCAUGUUCUUAUGAUGGGCGUGUGAUUAUAUGGAAGGAGGGAAAUCAGAAUGAGUGGACUCAAGCUCAUGUUUUUUAUGAGCAUAAAUCGUCAGUUAACUCGAUUGCUUGGGCUCCGCAUGAAGUGGGUCUAUGUUUGGCAUGUGGUUCCUCUGAUGGAAACAUCUCAGUAUUCACUGCAAGGCCGGAUGGUGGUUGGGAUACAUCAAGGAUUGACCAAGCUCACCCUCUUGGUGUUACAUCAGUCUCAUGGGCCCCUUCAUCCGCGCCGGGCGCUCUCGUUGGUUCUGGUUUUGUUGAUCCUGUUCAAAAGCUUUGCUCUGGUGGUUGUGAUAAUACUGUGAAGGUUUGGAAACCAUAUAAUGGGAUUUGGAAGAUGGACUGUUUCCCUGCACUUCAAAUGCACACUGAUUGGGUUAGGGACGUUGCAUGGGCGCCUAACCUCGGGUUACCAAAAUCUACCAUUGCAAGUGCUUCUCAGGAUGGAAAGGUUAUCAUAUGGACCGUAGCCAGGGAAGGGGAUCAAUGGGAAGGAAAGGUAUUGAAUAAUUUCCAAACUCCUGUCUGGAGGGUUUCAUGGUCUUUGACUGGAAACAUCUUGGCGGUGGCUGAUGGGAACAACGCCGUGACUUUGUGGAAGGAAGCUGUCGAUGGGGACUGGCAACAGGUGACAACCGUAGAGCCAUAGAUCCAGUUUUUUAAUUUUUGCCGCACAUCUGGUUACAGACUUUAUAAUCAGCUUAGUACAUGAGAUAUAUCUUGUUUCUUUCGGAAUAUAUAUCAUUGGUUUGUUCUUCUGCUUUAAAUCUUGUAGCCACUUAUCCACUUUGAACAUUUUAACAUUUAUGCAUUUAGUUCGCUUGAAAGGAA